CGUUUCUCGUAAACGAAGAUUUUACCACGCUGCCUGUCAGUCAUGACGACUACAGGUCUUUUAAGUGUUAUCUCGUUGGCAUUUAUAGUGUCUUUAUGUUUGGUGCAUUAUUCUUCAGCAACAGGAUCACAUACAUCUUCCUCAUGGGCGUCCAUGAUACCACGAUCACGAUACAGUUUCGUGAACACGAUUUGUGAAGGCAGGACCAAAACUAUUCGAUGUGUCUCUGCCGGACACGUCAUUCUCAUCGAAGAUGCGUUUUAUGGAAGACGAGACGGUUCAACCUGUCCAUCGUCAACUAUGAGAACACGGAGGUGCAAGUCGUCCAAAGCCUUACCGAUCGUAUGGGCUCGGUGUAACGGCAGGCGGUCGUGUACAAUCACAGCAUCUAACACACGGUUUCAAGGCGACCCAUGCAGAGGAACUUACAAAUACGUCCAGUUACAGUUCAGAUGCGGAAAUCCAGGUACAGACACCGUUGGUACUUGCUUUGCAAACUCAUGGGGUUCUUGGUUGGACAUCGACAACCCAUCUGGCACUGGCGACUACGAGUUACUUUCUACGCACCGGAGGAGGUCGAGGUCGGCCUGCAGCUCCCCGACUGGUAUGCAGAUCCAAAUGAAGACAGGGGGGUCUUAUAACAGAGCUGGCAACGCCAUGAGGAACAGCUUGAGUUACGGAAUGACUUGUUUGAAUUCCGAGCAGUCCUUAAUGACCAGCAGAACAUGCAAGGAUUACAAAGUUCGAUAUUGCUGCAGAGGCGGCGCAUCAGGAAUUCCAUGCCGACGCCCUACUAUACCAAGCGGUGUGAAUGCAUGGCCUUCCUCGAAGUCGAUAUUUAAUACGAACGAAUACAUUCGAUUCACUUGCCCAAGUGGUAAAACACUAAGUGGAGGGGUUAGUCGAACAACCUGUCAAGCAAAUGGCGCUUGGCUGCCAUCUAGAGUACCAACGUGUGUCACCAGCUCAUCAGGAUGCAGGGGUUUAGCUCGAUUAUCUCAUGGAACCAUAACACCAAGGAGAACCAGCUGGCCAGUUGGUUCGAUGGCGACCUUCACUUGCGACUCUGGUUACUCUUUGGUUGGCCGAUCACCUAUCCGGUGUAUGAGUAACGGGCAAUGGUCAGGUUCGGCCCCCACAUGCGCUGUGGUUUCUAGAGAUUGCGGGGGUGAAAUCGUCGGACAGACGUCAGGUCGCAUUCAAAGCCCGAACUACCCCAACAAUUAUCCAAACCACAAAGACUGUACUUGGGAGAUAACUGUUAACGCUGGUCAAACAAUAGAGAUUACAAUUGAGAAAUUCGCUCUGGAAGCAAACCGACGUUGCAGAUACGAUUAUUUAGAGAUUUUUAACGGAACGAGCAGAAACACAAGAAUAUUAAAGCUGUGCGGAUAUUUUACUCGACGAACAUACAGAAGCACAGGCAGAAGUGCAACACUACGUUUUCAUUCUGACAGCAGCGUCAACAAAAAAGGUUUUGACAUACGUUGGCGGGCCGUGGGAGCAGGUUGCCCUGUGCCUACAGCGCCGUCUUACGGUACCGUUUCACCAACAAGAUCCCAGCACAAUCCAGGCGAUUACGUCACAUAUUCUUGUCGUACCGGUUAUCGAUUAGUUGGGCAAGCCAGAGUACGAUGCGGGUCCUCCGGUUCUUGGUCGAGCUCGGCUCCGACUUGCGAGCGCAGAGGUCCAGUUACGCCAACAUUCAAAUCGUGUUAUGCGGUCGGUGACCCACAUUAUUGUACGUUUGAUGGGAAGAGGUUUGAUUAUCAAGGCGUUUGUUCUUAUGUGUUGGUCAAGGCAUCAUCUGUGCCACAUGGCAGUAACCUAAGACCCUUUGUAGUCGAGGUUGACAAUGAACAUAGAGGAGGAAACACAAGAGUGUCAUGGCUCCGCAAAGUUAUCGUACGCGUUGGUGGAAUCGUUAUCGAACUCUUAAAGGGAAAAGUUGUUCAAGUGGAUAGUGAAACAGUCAAUCUUCCAUUUUCUCACUCUUCAAGUGGUGUUAAUAUUAAAUUCAGCGGACGUUUUGUCGUCCUGACAACUUCAUUCCAAAUGAAAAUUAUCUACGAUGGCAAAUCAUAUCUCACUGUCAGAAUGCCGAGCACUUAUUCAGGAAUUGUUGAAGGUUUAUGUGGCAACUAUAAUGGAAAUCCGGAUGACGAUUUUACUCGAAGAGGAACACGGAUUAUUUUAACUGAUCCAACCCAGUUUGGAAACCAAUUCCAAACUUCAAGCAAACCAGGUUGCACCAGAGCACUUCCACCAAGAGAUGAAACUUGCCCGGCAUCGAGAAAAUCUGUUUUCCGUCGCCAGUGUUCGAUUAUUACUGAAGAAAAUGGUUGCUUUGCAAGUUGCCACUCUCUCUCAGAUCCUGCUCCUUUCUUAAGGGAUUGUGUGUUUGAUGCUUGCGUGUACAAUGAUGGACUUGCUGCUCUUGAGAACAAUGUUGGGUCUUAUGCUCAAAUAUGUCAAGCAUUGGGUGCAAGAAUUUGUCCCGAAUGGAGAAAUACAACAAAUACUCCAUUAUCUUGUGGCCCAAAUUCUCACUACAACCCAUGUGGUUCCUCAUGUCCACGCACCUGCUCCCAACCACGAACCGUUAGUUGCGAUAGGCGGUGUGUUGAACAGUGUGAAUGUGACUCUGGAUAUGUUCUCUCUGGUGACACCUGUGUCAGGACAUCUGAAUGUGGUUGCUCACAAAAUGGAAAAUAUUAUAAGAAUGGUGAUGUGACUUACACAAGUGGUUGUGGGAGGAAGUGUACGUGCCAGAGAGGAAGGAUGACUUGUGUUAGAGCAAGAUGUGGAAGCAAUAAAAGAUGUGGAAGAGAUGUGUUUGGAAGAGUUGCGUGCGUCCCAACAGGAUAUGGUUUGUGCAAGGCAUGGGGAGAUCCUCAUUACAUGACAUUUGAUGGCAGUGGUUGGUUUGACUUCAUGGGGACUUGCUCCUACACCAUGGCACGCACCAACACUUUGUCCACUAAUGACCAAAGAUGGUUUCAUGUUGUUGCCACCAAUGAACACAGAGGCAGCAACACUCGUGUUUCGUUCAUUAAACAUAUCACUGUAACUUUGUUUGGUGGUACAGUGGCUGUGAGGUUGGAAAAGAAUCGAGUAGUAAAGGUGAAUGGCAACGUAGUCGCAAGCUACCAUUCUCCUCAGUUCAGCAUUCAAAUAUCUGGUAGAUCCACAUUGCUUUCCACACAACAUGGUUUGAAAGUAUGGUUCAAUGGAAAUGGUGUCAGAGUGAAGGUCCCAAGCACAUACAAAGGACAGGUCCAUGGGGUAUGUGGCGAUUAUAAUGGAAUAAAAUCUGAUGAUUUAAAGACCAGCAGUGGUGUUGUAACUUCUGACUUUAAUGAAUUUGCUCAAAGCUAUCAAAUUGGAAAUUGUUCUGACAGAAUCCCUGAGCCAUUCACUUGCUCCAACAGUGAAAGACAAAGAUGGAGUGCUGAAGAAUUCUGUGGUUCCCUCACUUCACGUACAGGUGUAUUCCGCCCAUGCCACCACACCAUCGAUGCUAACACUUUCUUCCAAAAAUGUGUUUUUGAUGUUUGUGCCAGUAAUGGUGAUACAACAGUACUCGAACAGGCAUUGGAGAUUUAUUCUGAAGUUUGCCAAGCUCAUGAUGUGGAAUUAUGUGAUUGGCGUUCACGAACAAACACAAGAGCUUUGAGAUGUCCUGUCUACAGUCACUACGAAGGAUGUGCUUCAGCUUGUACUGAUACUUGUGAAGAACCGUAUGCAUCAUCAAAUUGUCAUAUUCAUGGUAAAGUGGAGGCUUGUGUAUGUGAUGUAGGCUAUGUGAGAGAUGGAGAUAACUGUAUUAGGAAAUCAGAAUGUGGGUGUAGAGUUGGAAACUAUUACAUUAGAAGAGGACAAAGGCUUGCAAUUCCAAGAGAGUACAAAGUGUGUACUUGCCUUGGUCAAAACAGGGUUCGAUGCACAUGUUCCACUGGUUAUACUGGUACACCAUGCAGAGAUGUAAAUGAAUGUUUGAGGCCAAACAACUUCCCAUGCUCACGAAAUGCAUCUUGUACAAAUACUGAUGGCUCAUUCUCAUGUUCAUGCAAUGACAGAUACACUGGUGAUGGUAUAGAUUGCACAUUGAUUGAUUGUCCUGCCCCAAGAGCACCACGAAACGGAAAAAUUUCUCCAACUUCUCGUACCAAGUGGUUGGUGGACCAAUCUGUGCGUUACAUGUGUGAGGAAGGAUACGAGUUGGUUGGUACGGAGUUCGCCACGUGCAUGAGAGACCGAAGAUGGUCAUCUCCACCUCCAACCUGCGAAGAUGAAAAUGAGUGCUUGGCAACUGUAUCACCAUGCUCUCCUGAUGCAACAUGUGUGAAUGUACCUGGUUCCUAUGAAUGCAACUGUAAUGAAGGAUUCAGCGGAGAUGGAAACUUUUGCUCACGCGUUAAGUGUAUUCGUCCUGUUCGCAUUGAUCACGGAACAUACCGACUUUUAACUACCUCCAAUAUAUAUGUUGGUACCAACGUUGUGUACCAGUGUAAUCCAGGAUACAGGAUGUCAGGUUCAGCAAGUGCCACUUGUUUAGGAAACGCAUUGUGGUCAGAGGUUCCACCUUCAUGUACAGACAUCAACGAGUGCAGACAAAACAGUGAUAGUUGCCAUGAUGAUGCAGAAUGUAGAAAUAACAUUGGUUCAUACACCUGUACCUGUCGAGAGGGUUUCAAUGGUGAUGGCUUCAAUUGCGAACCAAAUGAAUGUUUCAUUCCCAAUACACCUGCCUAUGCUUCUAUUGUUUCACAAACACGAACACGAUACAUUGCAACCAACACCAUCACAUAUGAAUGCAAUGGUGGGUAUGGAAUGGUGGGAGAAGAUACCAUAACUUGCCAAUCUGAUGGUUCAUGGUCUGCUGAUCCACCAACCUGUGAAGACAAUGAUGAGUGCACACAAAACACACCAUGUGAUCCAAAUGCAUCUUGCGAUAACACCCCUGGAAGUUAUACCUGUUCCUGUAAUGAAAGAUAUACUGGCGAUGGAGAAACUUGCACUGAAAUACAGUGUGGUUCACUUUCAAAUCCAACUUCUGGCACGGUUACCAUUCCCUCACAGACUGUUGGCGGUACAGCAACAUAUUUAUGCAACACUGGUUAUGUCAUUCAUGGAGCAACUACCCGUACAUGUUUAUCAAGUGGAAGUUGGUCUAAAUCUCCACCUCAGUGCAUAGAUGAGAACGAGUGCAUCACUGGAGCUCAAUGUGACAUUCAUGCAACUUGUUCCAAUACUAUUGGAAGUUACACAUGCCAAUGUGAUCAAGAUUAUACUGGAACUGGAGAAGUUUGCACAAAAAUAACGUGUGCUGAACUCUCUUCACUGGAUAAUGGAAGCUUGCAUCCAGAACUUCAACGACGAUAUGAUGUAAACUCAUUUGUAAGAUACAGAUGUGACACUGGUUACCAACUUACCGGAAGUCAAAUUAUUCAAUGCACUUCUGAUGGUCUUUGGUCAGAACAACCACCAACUUGCGAAGAUAUUAAUGAAUGCACCCCUCGGUUAAACGAAUGUGAUUCAAAUGCAAGUUGUGAAAAUUCUGUUGGAAGUUUUACUUGUACUUGCAACAGUGGCUACACUGGAACUGGUAUUUUCUGUGAAGAAAUUAAGUGCCAAAAGCCAGCAGAGAUUUUGAAAGGAAACUUAGAUCGUCAUCUUCUUGAGUACAGCAUAAAUGAAACUGUUACAUACACUUGUUUGAGUGGUUACCAGAUCGAUGGGGAAGAGAGCCUUGUGUGUCAAUCAAAUGGCCAGUGGUCUCAUCCUGAGCCGUUGUGUGUUGACAUUGAUGAGUGCAAUGAUGAUAUCAUUACCAAUCCUUGUGAUGCCAGUGCAACCUGUGAAAAUAUUCAGGGAAGUUUCAUAUGCACAUGCAAUUCUGGAUACACUGGUGAUGGUCUUUCAUGUGAAGAAAUCACAUGUUCCACCCCAUCAAGCCAGUUUGCUGAACUCCUCUCACCUCAGGAAAGUUACAGAGUUGGAGAAGUAGCCGAAUACAUUUGUGGUGUUGGAUUUACACUUAUGGGUAGUGCUAGUAUCACAUGCACAGAUAAUGGACAUUUCUCCGAUCUUCCGCCAACUUGCACAGAUGUAAAUGAAUGUAGCAGCAGUCCAUGUGAUGUGAAUGCAGCCUGCACAAACAUCAGAGGAGAUUUCACAUGUACAUGCAACAGUGGUUACCAAGGAAAUGGAGACACUUGCACAGGUAUCACAUGUCGGGACCUAAAUGCGCCAGACAAUGGUUUCAUCAGCAACCGACGUGAUGAAUAUGUAUCUGGCAACACUGCAGUGUUCCGUUGCAACAAUGGAUAUGCCCUCAGCUCAAGGACACCACUGAGGUGCAUGGAGUCUGGUGAUUGGUCAGAUGUUGAACCAACUUGUGAAGACAAGAAUGAAUGUGACCCUACCCUACCAAGUCCAUGCCACAGUCAAGCCACUUGUUCCAAUACACAAGGAAGUUAUACUUGCUCCUGUAAUGAUGGAUACAGUGGUGAUGGAAGCUUUUGCUCACAAAUUACCUGUGGCAUCUUGCUACCAAUCGCACAUGGAAGUUUUACUCCACGUCGUACAAGUCCAUACCCAAUCUUAACUGAAGUUACAUUUUCAUGCAAUUCUGGCUUUCAGUUGGUUAGUGAUGCGGUCAUUGUAUGCCAAGCAGAUGGUACUUGGUCAGAUGAAAGACCACAGUGUGAAGAUAUUAAUGAAUGUGAUGAUCCAACGAAAUGUAACGAAAACGCAGUGUGCACCAACACACGUGGAAGUUAUCAAUGCACUUGCAACUCUGGGUUCAGGAAAGUGGGAGAUACCUGCGAGUUAAUCACAUGCGUUGAGCUUUCUGCACCAGUAAGAGGUUCUGUAACAUUUGAUGAAGAUACGCCAUACCCCCUUGGAACAACUGCAACAUACUCAUGCAACACUGGCUACACUGUAAUAGGAAUAAGCAGUUUGACUUGUUUGGGAACUGGUCAGUGGUCUUCCACUCCACCAGCAUGUGCAGAUACAAACGAAUGCAACACCGUUUUCCCAUGUUCAUCUAAUGCUAACUGUGAAAACACUGAUGGUAGUUACACUUGCACAUGCAAGGACGGAUACAGUGGUGAUGGAAUAUCUUGCACAAAAAUUCAGUGCAAUAGACCAAGUCAUCCUGAUCAGGGUAGAAUUGUUGGCAGCAGAAUCUUCUUGAAAUACGACAUUGGUUCAACUGUAACUUUCCAAUGCAACAGUGGGUACGACUUGGUCGGUGAUGCAACUAUCACUUGUGAAGAUGAUGGUUCAUGGUCCUCUGAUGAACCAACUUGCACAGAUACUGAUGAAUGUUCUGCAAACAUCAGCCCAUGUGAUGAAAAUGCGGAAUGUACAAAUGUUGCUGGUGGAUUUUUCUGCACUUGUAACCAUGGAUACCGAGGACCGGGCAAUAAAGCAGCUCAAAGAACAUGUGAAUUGAUUAAUUGUGACGAUCGACCUGCUCCAAGUCGUGGCAGUGUUACAUCUGAAAGUUCUUCCCCCUUUUUACUUGGAAACACUGUUUCAUAUUCAUGCGACAGAGGUUUCACUCUUCGUGGUAUUAGCAGUGCGACCUGCCAAGAGAAUGGUUUUUGGAGCAGCAAUACACCCGUGUGCACUGAUAUAAAUGAAUGCGGUCGGAAUCCAUGUGGGGAUAAUGCUAUUUGUAACAACCGCGAUGGUGGAUUUGAAUGUGUGUGUAUCGAUGGUUAUUCAGGAGAUGGCCAAAUCUGCACAUUAAUUCAAUGCAGGGAUCCAGAGCAGAUUGUUAACGGUCGAAUUGUUUCCACAUUUGCUGGAAGUAAUGGCUACAUCAGGAACAGUGUUGUUAGAUAUGCUUGCAACACUGGCUUUGUUAUGGAUGGAGAUAACGAACUUACCUGUUUGGAAACUGGCGUGUGGUCAUCUGACUUUCCAACAUGUCAAGAUGUUGAUGAAUGUUCUUCACGAAUAAGACCAUGCGAUUCAAACGCAAGAUGUGAAAAUUCAGUUGGAAGUUUCACUUGCACUUGUAACAGCGGUUACACUGGAACUGGCUUUGUAUGUGAAGAAAUUACUUGCCGAAAUCUUUUAAGUUCUCGCCACGGUUCAUUCUCUUUGUCCCUAAAUGGAAAUGUGAUUGGCUCUGUUGCUACUUUCACUUGUAACCCUGGUUACACAAUAAGUGGGGAUGCUACUUUAACUUGUGGUGAUGAUGGAGCAUGGUCAGGAUCUGAACCAUCAUGUGUUGAUGUAAAUGAAUGCACUGAGGGUGACAGCCCUUGUGAUGAAAAUGCUGAGUGCGUGAACUUUAUUGGUGAUUACAGAUGUACUUGCAAUACUGGAUACGAAGGAAAUGGAAUUCAGUGCAGCAAAAUAUCUUGUGGAGAACCUAUUGUUCCAAGCCAUGCCAGUAUAGUUGAUCCAAAGAGUGGAUAUGUCUAUGAAGACGUGGUGGAGUAUCAAUGUGAUGAUGGUUACAACAUUCAAGGAUCAAGCACUAUUACUUGUCUUGCAACGGGAAGGUAUUCAGACUUCCCACCAGUGUGUACAGAUGUUGAUGAAUGCCGAGACAAUCCAUGCCAUGCUGAUGCUGCUUGUAGCAACCGUGGUGGAACAUUUGUUUGCACUUGUAAUACAGGUUACAGUGGUGAUGGAAUUACUUCUUGCACAAGAAUCACAUGUCCAAGCUUGUCUGCCCCAAGUAAUGGUUUCAUCAGCAACACACGUGAUGAAUAUGUUGUCAACUAUGUUGCCAUAUUCAGAUGUAACAAUGGAUAUGAACUUAACAGCCAAACACCUCUUACGUGUCAGAGCACAGGCUCCUGGUCACACGAGGAACCAACUUGUACAGACAAGAAUGAAUGUGACCCUACCCUACCAAGUCCAUGCCACAGUCAAGCCACUUGUUCCAAUACAGUUGGAAGUUUCACUUGUUCUUGCAAUGAUGGAUACAGUGGUGAUGGAAGCUUUUGUUCACCUGUUCGUUGCUCUCAACCCAACAUUCCCAGCAAUGGAAGAAUUACUGAUCGUUUUAUUUUCACUCAUUAUGAUAUUAACAGUAGUGUAACCUUCAUCUGUAGAACUGGUUACCAGAUCGUUGGUGUCGAAACCAUCACAUGUGAAAGCAGUGGUCAAUGGUCUGAUCAAGAGCCAACAUGUCAAGACAUUAAUGAGUGUUCAGCUCCUGACUUGAACCAGUGUGACAAUAAUGCAGAAUGUACAAACAGCGAAGGUGGACAUACAUGUGCUUGUAACCAUGGUUACCAUGGAAAUGGAAGGCAGUGUACUUUGAUUAUCUGUCCAGACAGACAAGCACCAAGCCAUGGCACCCUUUCAACAGAUAGCACUAGACCAUUUACAUUGGGAAAUACUGUUUCCUACACUUGUGACAGUGGGUACCAGCUUAGUGGCAGUGACAGUGCAGAAUGCCAGCAGAAUGGUGUGUGGUCUGCACGAGAACCAACAUGCAGAGAUAUUAACGAAUGCCUGAGUAGCCCAUGCAAUGAAAACGCAGUUUGUGGAAAUUUACCAGGAAGUUUUGAAUGUACAUGUCGGGUAGGAUACUCAGAAGAUGGACAACAAUGCUCAGCUAUACAGUGCAGAACACCAAACCAAAUUCCAAAUGCACAAAUCAUAUUUACUUUUAAAACAAGCGAUGAUUACACUGUGGGCAGUUUUGUACGAUACAGAUGUCUCACUGGUUAUAACAGUGUGGGUUCGAACCAAGUCACAUGUCAGCAAUCUGGCCAAUGGACAAGCUUCCCAACCUGUGAAGAUAUUAACGAAUGUACUGCUCAAGAAAGUCCAUGCGAUCCAAAUGCAGGUUGUGUAAACACACCCGGCAGUUAUGAAUGUAAUUGUAAUGCAGGCUACACAGGUUCUGGAAGCUUCUGUCAAGAGAUAAAGUGCAGAAAUAUUAGAAGACCGUUGAGUGGUUCAUACCAGUCAACUGAAAGCAGCAAUAUCAUCGGAAAUGUUGUCACAUUCGAAUGUAUUGAUGGUUACACACUGGUUGGCCAGGCAUCUAUUACUUGCCUUGAUACAGCUUUGUGGUCGGAUUCAGAACCAGCUUGCAGAGAUGACAAUGAAUGUAUUGAUGGGACCAACAGUUGUGACACCAAUGCAAGAUGUGAUAAUAUUCCUGGAUCUUACAGAUGUACAUGCCAUACAGGAUAUACUGGCAAUGGAAGACAAUGCUCAAGGUCUUCCUGCUCCAUACCGCCCACAACUGGUGCAACAAUAUCAAGUGGGGAAAAAUCUGUGUAUUUGGUUGGUAGUGUGAUAGUGUACUCAUGUGGAACUGGAUUUACCAUGAAUGGUCCAAGCAGCAUUACUUGCCAAGCCAAUGGUCAAUGGACUUCCUUGCCUCCUGCUUGUUCAGAUAUUAAUGAAUGUGCGGAUAUCUUCAAUCAACCAUGUGACCCACAUGCAACCUGCACAAACACACACGGAGGUUUCCAAUGUACUUGCAACACAGGUUACAGUGGAAGUGGAAGUUUUUGCUCACAGGUAUCCUGUGAAGAGUUGCCAGCUCUAACAAACGGCCGACAUCAAUCCUCAAAAGCUGCAAGAUAUUCCGUUGGUGAUGUAGUUACCUAUUUGUGUAACACUGGUUACUUGAUCAGUGGUUCAGACACAUUAACCUGCAGUAGUGAUGGUGUUUGGGACAACAUAGCACCGAUCUGUAUUGAUGAUGAUGAGUGCCUGAACGACCAACCUUGCAGUGUGAAUGCAGACUGUAACAAUAACGUUGGUUCUUUUACUUGCGUCUGUCAGAGUGGAUACCAAGGAAAUGGAAUCAAUUGUCAAGAAAUCCGAUGCGCACGCCCUACAUGGCCUCUGCACGGAAGUUUUGCUCCAGAAGAUCCUUCUUAUGGCGUUGGAGAUACCAUAGCUUUUGAAUGUGAAAAUGGCUAUGGUUUGGACAGAGAUGCCACCAUUGAAUGUACAAACACUGGAGAAUGGUCUGGACCAUACCCACGCUGCACAAACAUUGAUGAGUGUGUCAUCGGCAAUGACUGUGGACCAAACGCAACUUGCACUGAUACCAUCGGAAGCUAUCAGUGUGCCUGUAACAUUGGUUACUAUGGCGAUGGAAGAACAUGCACACGUUCUGUAUGCAUUCCACCAAACAAUGUAACAGGUGCAAGUUACACUCCAAUUAAAGAUGAAUAUGACUCUGGCAAUCGUGUUGCUUACACCUGUGGCACUGGAUAUCGAACCCACGGAUCAUCUGUUUUAACUUGUCAAGCCAAUGGACUGUGGUCAAGUGCUGAACCUACAUGCAUAGAUGAUGAUGAGUGCACACCUCAUGGAAGAAUUUGUUCUCGUCAAGCUACAUGUCUCAACUCACCUGGUUCAUACACAUGCACAUGCAACACUGGUUAUACUGGGAAUGGUAUCUUUUGCACAGGAAUUGUAUGCCAAGUACCACCAGUCAUUAGAAAUGGUCGAUACGCUCCCAGGACAUUGGAUGUUUGGGGACUUGGUGUUGAAGUGAGAUACCAAUGUAACAGUGGUUACACAUUAAGGGGUGCCAGCCGUAUUUCUUGUAUCAACAAUGGGCAGUGGUCAAGUAAUCCACCAGAGUGUGAAGAUACUAAUGAGUGUGCAGACCCUUUUAACCAACCAUGCCAUCAACAUGCCACUUGCACAAACACAAUUGGUGGUUACAACUGUGCUUGCAAUGCUGGGUAUAGUGGAGAUGGUAGUUUCUGUGAAAGACCUGCAUGCGGCCUUCCACCAUCUAUUUUACAUGCAACAUACGCUCCAAGUAACAGGCAACGAUUUGCAGCCAACUCAGUAGUCACAUAUACAUGUAGUAGUGGUUACAGGAUAUCCAGUGGUGGUACAGUGACUUGUCAGCAAGAUGGCUCAUGGCUACCAACCCAACUUCCUACAUGUGAAGAUAUCAAUGAAUGUAAUGAAGGUCAUGACUGCCACUCCCAUGCCACCUGUACAAACAUACCAGGCAAUUAUCGCUGUACGUGCAACACUGGAUAUUCAGGAUCUGGACAACACUGUCAAGAAGUAACAUGCAAUCCACCUGUGAACCCAAAUCAAGGUUUUUAUAUCCCAAGAAGCGCCCCGCGAUGGUAUGCAGGAAUAUCUAUACAGUUCCAGUGUAAUAGAGGAUACAGGGUUGUUGGAGAAAGCUCAGCAACAUGUCAGAACAAUGGACAUUGGUCUUUACAGACACCACCAUGCACAGAUGUAAAUGAAUGCCAUAAUGACCCAAGACCUUGUAGCCAACAUGCACAAUGUGUAAACAAUGAAGGAAGUUAUAGAUGUACUUGCUCACUUGGAUAUUUCGGUGAUGGUGUCAACUGCAUGCAGAGAACAUGUUCUGAGCCGCCAGUGCCACACCAAGGAACAUUUGCAAGAGAUGGUAGAGUUGAAUGGGUUGUCAGUGAUAUUGUUGUGUAUUCGUGUAACACUGGGUAUGCUCUUCUUGGACAAAGGCAAGCACAAUGUACGGACAGUGGUCAGUGGAGCCCUGUGCCACCAACCUGCAGAGAUGUAAAUGAGUGUUUGAACUCGAAUCCUUGUCAUCAAACAGCAACAUGUGUAAACAAUGAAGGAAGCUACACAUGUAGAUGUCCUCAUGGACACCAAGAAGAGGGAGAGUCUUGUGUUGAAUAA